UCCAGCGGAAUAUUAGUGUCAUUGGCAAUGAGAUUCUGAAAAGAGGCUGUGGUGUCAAUGACCGAGAUGGUCUUACUGACAUGACUUUAUUGCACUACUGCUGCAAGGCAGGGGCUCCAGGAAUAGGUGACGCUGAGAGUGCUGCCAGUUUCGCCCGUCAGCUGUUGUCGCUGGGAGCCGAGCCGUCCUUACGCAGCCGCUGGACCAACAUGAACGCUCUCCACUACGCCGCAUAUUUCGACGUCCCUCCUCUCAUCCGUGUGGUUCUGCAGGCGUCACAGCCGGGAGAGGUGGAUGCGACCUGCAGUGAUUUUGACUUUGGCACUGCGCUGCACAUCGCCGCCUCGAACCUGUGUACCUCUGCAGUGAAGUGUCUGCUGGAGCUGGGAGCCAACCCCGCUUUUAGG